AUGGUGGCAUUAGAAAGAAAACGAAAGCUCGAAGACCACAAUUUAAAUGGAGGACACAAGAGGCUGAAGUCUUUCACGACUUCAUCGUUUGUUUUGCAUUCGUAUUCGAAGUUGCCGGAUAUCAAUGCGAUGCCACCUGUCAAAAAUAUCGGUCUUGAUAUAUUCGUUUGGGGAACAGGUUCGAUGUGUGAGCUAGGCUUGGGCCCUGAUGCAAAUACAAAGGAAGUGAAAAGGCCACGAUUGAAUCCAUACUUGACAGAGGAAAAAUUGGGCCACGCCAAGAUCGUCGAUUUUGCAGUAGGCGGUAUGCACACUUUAGCACUUGACAAGAAAAAUCGUGUUUGGUCCUGGGGAAACAAUGACAACGGCGUAUUGGGAAGAGACACCUCUGAUUCCAAGGAGGUUUUGAAAGAUGCAGAUGCAGCUGAUAGCGAUGACGAAGAUGGAGACUUGAAUGAAGCAGAGGCUACACCGGCGUUGGUUCAGGGCUUGAACAGCAACGACCAGAUUGUACAAUUAGUUGCAACUGACAACUUGAGUGCGGUUUUGUUGUCCAAUGGUGAUGUUUACGCGUGGGGUUGUUUUAGGUGCAAUGAAGGAUUGUUGGGAUUUUUACGAGAUGAGAUUCAAAUCCAAAGAACUCCGUUAAAGAUAACUGAACUCAAAAACAUAGUUCAGCUAGCUGGUGGAAAGGACCACAUUUUAGCCCUUGAUUCCAAAGGUAUUGUUUUUGCUUGGGGAAAUGGACAACAAUUCCAAUUGGGUCGUCGAAUUUUGGAAAGACAUCGUUUGAGAAGUUUAGAGCCACAACAAUUCGGUCUCUAUAAUGUGAAAUAUGUUGCUAGUGGUGACUAUCACUGCUUUGCGAUAGAUCACAAUGAUCAAGUUUACGCAUGGGGCUUAAACCAGUUUGGCCAAUGUGCUCUUACUGGCCCAAAUGGUGAAUUAGAAGAUGGCUCAGUGCUCACUAAACCAACCUUGAUACCAGAGUUGUGCAAUUUGGGAAUCAAGCAAAUUGCGGCAGGGGAGCAUCAUACGCUUGCUCUCAUAGGUGAAGGAAAAGUUUUGGCAUGGGGGAGAUAUGAUAUGAAAGAAGUCGGUAUUCCUGAAAACGAGCUCCCCAAGUCAACGUAUAAGGACCAACAUGGUAAACCAAGAUCUGUUCCAACGCCAACGCAACUCAAAUUUGGAAAUGGCACUGAUGUGAAGAUCAAAGCUAUUGGAGUCGGUUCUCAUCAUUCUUUCGCAGUAACCGACGACGGUUUUGUUUAUUCAUGGGGAUUUUCCGAAACAUAUGCCCCAGGUCUAGGAAACUUGGAAGAUGAUGUCGAAAAACCUACAAGGAUUGCAAAUACAGCCACCAAAUAUGAAGACAUAUUGAUGAUUGGUGGGGGUGGACAAUUCUCCAUUAGUGGAGGAGUCAAGAUAGAGAACGAGGAUGCUGCAGAGGCCAGAUUAGAAAAGUACGAGGACAACGAUGAUUAG